CAAAGGCAGGGGAGCAGCCCGGUCCUGCAGCACAGACGCACAGACGCACACCCUCAUCCCCGCACAUCCACCCUCACGUCCACCUCCCGCACCGCCUUCACCCCGCAAGCUGCGACGCAGACUCUCUGGAGCUGUUCCCACCACCUCACUGUCCGUCACAAGCACACCGACCUUCAGCCGUCAUGGAGUUAGACUUUGGGCACUUUGACGAGCGAGACAAGUCCUCCCGCACGCCCCGGGGGGGCCGCAUGAACGGCCUGCCCAGCCCCACCCACAGCGCCCACUGCAGCUUCUACCGCACACGCACCCUGCAGGCCCUCACCAACGAGAAGAAGGCCAAGAAGGUGCGCUUCUACCGCAACGGAGACCGCUACUUCAAGGGCAUCGUGUACGCCGUGGCCAGCGACCGCUUCCGCACCUUUGACUCCCUCCUCGCCGACCUCACGCGCUCGCUCUCCGACCACAUCAACCUGCCGCAAGGGGUUCGCUUCAUCUUCACCAUCGAUGGAGCACAAAAGAUUGGGACUUUGGAUGAGCUAGAGGAGGGGGAAAGCUAUGUUUGUGCAUCUGAGAACCUUUACAAGAAAGUCGAUUACACAAAGAACGUCAACCCCAACUGGUCCGUGAACGUGAAGGCCUCGGCCAGCCAAAAGAACAUGCAGUCCUUCGCUGCCAGGGCCGGCGGCGGCGGAGAGGGCAAGGACUUUGUCCGGCCCAAACUGGUCACGGUGAUGCGCAGCGGGGUGAAGCCGCGCAAAGCCGUCCGCGUCCUGCUCAACAAGAAGACGGCGCACUCCUUCGAGCAGGUGCUCACCGACAUCACGGAGGCCAUCAAGCUGGAGAGCGGGGUGGUGAAGAGGAUCUACACGCUGGACGGCAAGCAGGUUACCUGCCUGCAAGAUUUCUUUGGUGACGAUGACGUCUUCAUUGCUUGUGGACCUGAGAAAUUCCGUUAUGCACAGGAUGAUUUCUCUCUGGAUGAAAAUGAAUGUCGGGUGAUGAAGGGACCCAAAACCCCACGUAGUGGAAAGAGUCCAGUUGCAAUCAGGCGCUGCAAGUCUCCUGCUGAAUCGACCAAUGGGACCGGCUCCAGCAGCCAGCUCUCCACCCCGAUCUCCAAGCAUUCCCCCACCUCCACGCCUACCAGUCCAGGCCUCAACAACAAGCAGAAGGAUCUGUACCUGCCCUUAUCUCUGGAUGACGACGAUUCUCAGGGUGAAUCGAUGUAGACGCUCCUCCUGCAGCCUGCCUUCUUUCUCGGCCAGAAACACAGAAGUUUCAUACCUCUGCUGCUUUCCACCUUCACUCACAGUGCCACCAGUCGAGGAGAACCACUCUUUGUUUCUCUUUAAGGCCUUAGCCACUGCGGCUAUGUCACCAUUUGCUGCUUGAGAAUUGCAUUUUUAUAAAUUCUGUUUUGAACACACGUAACAGUCAGCUCACCAAUCGUUUAGACGUGUUUCUAUGCGGAGGAUUGCCAGUCGUUUCUCCAAAAAGGCACACAGUUUUCACUCAGUGUACAAAUAUUCACUUUUGCUUAAAACAUUUUGAUAAAGGAUACACUCUGAAUUUUAAUAUUUAAUAUCCACAGAAUUCCAAGCAGCAAAUGGGUAUUUUUAGGGGUGUUAGCCAGAACUGGCUCAACUUUUGUAUCACUUAUCGUAUUUGUGACGUCCCUCAAUGUCCUCUCGUCCUUCCGGCCAAUAGUUAAAGGUGUGAAAGGUACUGGUUCCUCGUCAAAGGACGUCUGUUAAGCCAGAUUAAGUCUUUCUAACACGUUGUAAAUACUGUGUAUAGCCAUCCACUACAACAUCUUUGCUCAGUGUCCAUUGCUGUGCUUCCAUAAUGUCACUACCAUUUCUAACAUUUGCUUGACACGAUAGAAGGUACGGUCAAAGUAAAAGAAAACUCACUGAGAAACCCCUGCCAGGAGGCCUAAGUGUGUGUGAGACGAAGCUCUUGUCUGAAGGUUAUUGGUCAGAGCAAGAACUGUACAAAACCAUAUAUAGAAUUAUACAUUUAGCCCACAACAACACUGAAGGCCUUCGAAUCCAUGUGUCAGAAAUAAUACUCCAAGUUCUUGUUCAAUCAGAAAGCAAAGCAUCCCACAACCAUCAGUGCUUCCUCUGUCUUAGAGAUCUAAUAGAUGGUGGUUUUCUGUGCUACAUGCCGUCUGUCUCACACCCUGCUCUGCAUGAUGUUGAUUAGCCAUAAUGGAACAUUUUGUCAUGUAAAAAGUUGCUCUUUUUUAAGGACCUAAUGGUGCAUGAAACCAACCAAAGGAAAGACACGUAGACCCCCCCCCCCCCCCCCCCCUUUUUUUUUUCUUUUUAAACAAAGAAACCAAUGCACAUUCAGUACAGUCUUUGACACUAAAUAACUCAGAUUCCAGUUCACUGCCCUCCAUCUAUCCCAUAUGCUUAAUAUGGACUUCACUUUAAACCUUUGGAGAUGUUUUUGCAGUUGGCGAGAAAAAUCUGUCAGUGUGGGGUUUUUUUUUUUUUUUUUUUUUUUUUUUUCCAAACUGAAUUAUGGAAAGGGGGGAAAUGUGUAAUUUUAGCAAUGUGGAAACAUUCUUGAGGAAGCACACUGGAGUUAUAUGCAUGUUAUCAUUUAAAGGCAUCAAUAUCCUAUCAAAAUGAAAUAAUUUUCACUGAAGACGGUUGGAUGCAUCGAGGUGCUGAACAGUAGUGGGGGUUUCCUCUUUUGCAUGACUCAGCAAAGUUCUGCGAUUAUGGGCUGGGGUGAUUUGAAAAUGUAACCUUUAUGUCUACAUCUGUUUGUUGGUUUCAAAUUUUUAUAAAGUUUUAUUAAUUUAUAUUAAAGGUACUUGUAGGGUUAUUUGUUUCUAGUUUUGCUCGCUCACAUGAGCUCUAAACACUGUUUCAAGCUUCUGUGUGCAACUUUGGAUCAUUGUAAUCCUUUUCUAUCAUCACAACUUUCAUUGUCUAAAAUAUUUACUGAGGGAAAUUCUGUCGGAUUGAUUUUGCAGGGAUUUAUGUGUGAGAAGUCACUGAAUUGGAUGACAUUGAAGCACAAAGCAGGGAGCUACUUAUUGAUCACAGCAAAAGACAUUUUGCCAUCAACUUGCCACCUCUACCAUGUUUAACAGCAGUUAAUCUCAACAUACUGAUAAAAUGCUGCACAUGUAGCAUCUGUUUGAAUUAAGAUCUAUGCAUCUGGAUUCAAGUAUAGUUGAUUCAGAUUUUUCUUUCUAUAGGAAUGGCCUUUUUAAAUCCAAUAGUUUUGAGUUUAUUUUGGAAGGAAGUAAACCUGAAAUUCCCAUGCAGUUAAACCAUUGUGAUGAAUUGUCAAUAUGAAAGGUGUGUGUAUGUGUUGUGUGUGUGUGUGUGUGUCCUCUGGAUACGAUUUUGAAUAGCAGUGCUCAAGACAAACCAUCCUAAUAUCUGGUGCUGUGAACUCCAUGUUCCUCCUGCAGGUGGCGCUGUUCCACCAUUACACCGGCUACAGCCAUCAGCAGGGACGUCUCACUAACCCACCAUUUUGUACAAAAAACCCCUAGAUUCCUCUAAAACCUCACCUUCAGAAACUGUUCUUGUGUCACUGAUUUUUCUACAGUUUAUCACGGCUCCACAGCAUAUUAAACAGAAAAUAUGUGUUGUCUUGUGUGUAAAACCGGCUGCCACCAUGUAAGGAUGGAUGAUUCAUCACAUUCAGUGGUGCCUUUUUUCUUUAUUUUAAAUUUAGAUAACCGACUUUUGAUAGGAAAAAAUUAAAUGGGACAUCUAAAGCUUGUUUUCGUGGCUAUUUGUAAUUUUUUUAUUUUUUAAUGUCUUGAUUAACGAGGCCUCACAGCACACUUUGUUUUUAAGGAUACAGGAUACUUGUGUAAAUAUGCUCCCUUCCUAUUCUUUCAUCUGUUUGGCUUUCUAAUCGACUGAAUGACUUGAUUUCUCUGAAAUUUACAACGUCCUUUUAGUGGUAUUUUACAACGUCACAGUGGCUUGUUUCAGUGCUUCAUUCAAUGUAUUAACCAGUUACCUUUUUGCAAUUAAAACAUUAAAACAA